AUAACGGAAGCAGGGGCAUUCGUAGAUAGAUAGAUAACAUAAGGCGUGAGACAUUCGUAGAUAGAUAAAGCAAUGAAACUGUAUUAACCGCUUCUGGCAGCUGAAAAGUGUAGAAACAAAUUAAUGGCUACUAGCACUACCAUUAGAUUCAGACCAUUGCUUCCACUUUCAUCUCCUUUGCCAAAACAAACCACUUCCCCUCUAACUUCAUUCCUUUCUCUUCCUAUUUCUCAUCAUCAACGUGGAAAUGUUGCUGUCUCUGUUGCCUUCAACCCACAAGGAAACUUCGAUGUCUCUUUAUUUGAUGAAGAUGACGAGUCUAAAGUUUCACCUCCUAUGCCUCCAACUGAAGGCCGAUUCGAAGUUGUAAUUGAUAAUGAUGCUAUUAGUCGCCUUGACUUAACCCCUUUUCAAGCUGCAACUGGCAUGAAAAAUCCUUUAUCUGUUAGACCACAAGAAUUUCUUGAGCGCUCAAUUGGCUUUACCAUCAACUAUACACGACCAGAUCCUCGCGAUCCUCGAGAGUUAUCAGAGUAUCCUGAUAUUAGGCUAUGGUUUGUGAGACUUGAUGCUGCUUAUCCAUGGUUGCCAGUUUUGUUAGAUUGGAGAGCUGGAGAGCUAGCUCGGUAUGCUGCUAUGUUAGUUCCACAUCAGAUGAAUAUGAAAAUGGGAGUUGUUUUUAAUCCAGAAGCAUUGGAACUGUUUGUUAUGAAUAAAGUUUUUAUUGUAUAUUCAUGGUUGAAGCAUCACAACAUUCCCAAACCUGAAUUAAAGGCAAAUAAUAUGGCAAGAAUGCUUGGUUUUGGAAUUGGAAGUGAACUAUACGACUUAGUCGAGAAUCAUCCACUUGAUCUAGAGUAAAUACCUAAAUUGAUUCUUGAAAUUGUAGGACUAUCAAAUUAGUACCCUAAUGAUCCAAUGUACGACGAAGUGUAUCAGUAUAUUAAGAGCAACUAGACUUGUAAAGAAGCAAUGAGAUUAGCAGAACACAAGGGGGUCAUUAAAAACGGAGGCUAAUAAUUGAGUUUUUGAAACUUGAUGGAAGUCAUGUCAUGCUAAGGAUUUGUUUAUUUAUUGGUCAUAGUUCCCUGCUAUAUGCAAUGUUCAUGUACAUUUAUCAGUAUUGUUAUUUAUUUAGUACAAAUAUUUUCACUCACGAAUAUAAA